AUGCUGACUGGAAAAGGCCUUCGUGCCGUCGCAGUAAUGUGGGCGAUGACGUUUAUAUCUUUCAUUUUGGUUCCGCUUCGACUUUAUACUCGUAUCUACAUUAUCAAGGCCCUGGGACUUGACGACCAUGUGUUCAACCUGGCAUGGGUCUUUCUUCUUCUAUAUACCGUUUUUGUCACAGUCGCUGGCGUCUAUGGCUUUGGACAAUCGAUAACGUCCCUUGAGAUGGAUUCCGCUGUCAAUGCUGUUUAUUACGAGAUGAUCGGGCAGACAUUUGCUGUUCUGGGAAUGGCCAUUGCAAAACUGUCCCUUGGUAUCUUUCUACUCCGUAUCGUUGUCAAGCAAUGGCAUCGUAUCUCCAUCUGGAUAUCCAUGGUCAGCCUGUCCGUCGUGUCCGUGAUGACAGCCAUUCUUUUCUGGGUACAGCGUCUGCCCUCAGAAUCAAUUUAUGACCCACGCGUUCCCGGUCGUACUGUUGUCGGUAUCACGCCGUUCUCCAUUUUGCUUGGAUCAUGGUGCGCUGCUGUGGAUUUCUAUUUCGCUCUGCUUCCAUGGAUUUUCAUCUGGAAGUUGAACAUGAAAUUUAAGGAAAAGAUGUCCAUCGCAAUCAGCUUGAGCCUGGGCUUUGUGGCUUGUGUGUGCGGUAUCAUCCGGACAAUCGAGCUGGGGGGACUGGCUAGCACAAACUAUACAGAGGAUACCGUGAGCCUUAUAAUCUGGUCGGCUGUCGAACUCGCAGUCACCCUCAUUUGCGUUGGAAUUCCCACCGUCCGCCCUCUUUAUCGUGUGAUCGUGCACGGGUCCAAUUUGGAGAGCUCGGAAAACGGAUAUGUCAAACAAUCGGACUCCAACCACUCCUAUCGCUUUCGCAUGCGAAAUAUCGCAAAAGACGCGACUUUGUUCAGCGUGAACGAAGGUAAUACCGAAUCACAUGUCACGCGCGAUAACCGGAGCGACGAGGAAGUGCUUGUGGGCCAGCACGGAAAUAAAAACAACAAUGGCAUUCGUGUUCGGGACGAGGUACGAGUGGAACGAAUUUGA